GCAGGGCUUGGUUGAAAUGCGCCAGACGGAUGAAAGUAGAUGCGCACUGUGGGGAGAGGGAAAAAGUUCUCACAAGGAGAGGCAGGACAACUCUUACGGAGCCCCUGCAGUCUCACUUUUUUAUGCCUCUAAACAGCCUUUCCUGCCGUCGUGUUGCAUUUCUCCUCUGCGACAGAGCUUUUGCGCUUUCGAAGGAGAAAUCCUACUUUUAGACUAAGUGAAGCCACCAUGGAGCUGCUCUGCCUCGAAAUGGACACCAACAUCAGAGCUCGUCCCGAUCCGAACCUCCUGUGCGAUGACAGGGUCCUGCAGAGCUUGUUGACUAUAGAGGAGAGGUUUCUACCCCAAUAUUCCUAUUUCAAAGGCGUCCAGAAAGAUAUCCAGCCGUUUAUGAGGAGGAUGGUCGCCACUUGGAUGUUGGAGGUUUGCGAGGAGCAAAAGUGCGAGGAAGAAGUUUUCCCCUUGGCCAUGAACUAUUUAGACAGAUUUUUAGCCGUGGUACCCACCAAAAAGUGUAACCUGCAGCUGCUGGGAGCAGUGUGCAUGUUUCUUGCAUCCAAACUGAAAGAGACUCGUCCCCUAACUGCAGAGAAGCUCUGCAUCUACACAGAUAACUCCAUUAGACCACAAGAGCUGCUGGAAUGGGAACUUGUAGUUUUGGGGAAGUUGAAGUGGAACUUGGCAGCAGUGACGCCGAACGACUUCAUUGAGCACAUUGUGAGGAGGCUGCCGCUGCCCAAGGAUAAGCUGGCACUUAUACGGAAACACGUCCAGACCUUCAUUGCCCUCUGUGCCACAGAUUUCAGAUUCGCCAUGUACCCUCCCUCCAUGAUCGCCACAGGAAGUGUGGGGGCAGCGAUCUGUGGCCUGCAGCUGGACUCAGCUGACCAGUCACAGUGGGGGGACAGUCUGACAGACCUGCUGGCCAAAAUCACCAACACAGAAGUGGAUGUCCUGAAAGAGUGCCAGGAGCAGAUUGAGCGCGUGCUGGAGAGCAGCCUGCGUGAAGGGCGGCAGCAGCAGCAGCAGCAGCAGCAAACUCAGAGGGGCCCCAGCGGAAAAGGCCUGGAUGAGCUGGAUCAGUCCUCCACCCCCACAGAUGUCCGCGAUGUCAACUUGUGAACCACCAGAGGGCAUCGUUGCACAGGAUUUACAAAAACAGAAAAAAAAAACGAAAGAAAAAAAGCAUCAUGAAAAAAAACCCUCAAUUUUCAUAAAAGCAGAAAAAAAGAACAAAAGAACAAAAAUGUUUAAAAACACAAGCCCUUUAAAAGAAAAAGUACAAUGCUUGCUAGUUUUUUCGUAGAUUAUCUGUUCCUCAAGUCAAAAAAAAAAAAAACACCAGGACAUGAAAUAGAUUUUCUACAAUGUUCUGGUCUGAAAGCAACAAAUUUGAUACAAGAUGAAGCUUUGAGGUGCCUUGGAUAUACAGAAGGGAAGCCAAUCAUAUUUGCAUUCUGCCUUUUAUUGUAUAGUAUGACCUUUAAGUUAUAUUUUAACCAUAGCUUAAUAAUGACGCUGUCAUGGUUGAAGUUGUGGAGACCAUUAAGAAACUGCAUACACAGGAUCACAGCGGGGCUUACGUUUCUUUUUCUCUGUUUAGUUUUAUGAGUAUUAUCACCUUACAUUUGUUGCUGGUGUAAGAGAGUGCACAUGUUCCAGCUCCCCGGCGGCCUCUAGGUCCGCAUGUUUGUCAAGGAAGAGACAAGGAAGCCAAGGGAGCGUUGUGCUAAAAGUUGAUGGGUCCCAUUUCCAGGCAGUUGCUGGGAUGAUAAUGGAUAUUAAUAGUGUUAGUGAUUACUAUUAUUAAUGUUAUCAUUGGACAUACUUUGGAACCGAGUGGUAGAUCAAUAAGCUCCUUUCGUCAGGCUGCUUGUAUGCGUCAGUUUGCGUGCGCACAGUGGAGGCGUGCUUGGUAAUUAGUCCGUAAGUGUGUGUUUGUGCCGUGUGUGUGUGGGGUGUAAAUGUUACAUGUGAUCCUGUAUCUAUAUUAGCAGUGUGCAUUGUAUGGCGCAAGGCACUUGAGCAAAGCGGCGGACUUACAGUUCUGUUGGAAAAGACGGCAGAUUAAGUCGAGGUUAUACAUCCUCUGUCCAUCCGUGUAACUGGGCAUAUACGCUGUGUCACUGCCUUCAUGCAUUAAUGGUGAAUCGUGCUUUAUUGCUGGCCAGCAAUAAGCAGUGUGGAGCAGGAAAGAGAUGGGGAUAGAUUUGGCAAAGGAAGAUAUGGGCAAAGGGAUUGUUGUUACAGAGCCCCAUAUCUGUCUGAGAGAGUUUUACUUUAGGCUCGGAGAUCACGUGAGGCAUAUUACUGCCAUUGUGAUGACGAAGCGUCACUGAGACCGUCAUUCUACCUAUAUAUCUUCCGCUUGUUAUGAUGUGAUGUUUCCUCAUUUGUGAAAGGCUGCUUUGAGUCCGAGCAGAGAAGUAAAGACUUCUCACAUGCACAGCGUGUCCGGUGCAUGUGGGAGCAUGAGAAGAACGCAUUGUGGAGAAGGUCUUCUAUGUUGAAACUCGCCCUUUGUUAUUGAGCAGAGGGGGAGCGGAGCGAGAUGUGGAAAGAUUCAGAAAGACAGGGACAGCCAAGUAGUCACUGUGGUAGGACGGGAGGAUUUUAGUGUUGCAGGAGCAUGCUGCUGUUUAGGAGAUGUGGAUGAUGUUCAGCCAGAGGCUGGAAGACGAUGAACAAAAGACACCCAGAAGCCUCAAAAUGAAACUUUGAUGUCUGCAUUUUAGAGUGGAAUCACCUUUAAUUUCUUCUAAUGGAUUUCUACAAUUAUAUUAUCAGGUGAACAUAUAUGUUCUGGGUUUCCAUAUAUGUGGAAAUGACACAAGGAACACAACAAAGACUGCACGCUGCCAGAUCAUGCAAGGAUCAACUUUUUUGGGGGGGGUGGGGUUAAUUAGAGGAGUACGAGGAUAGAGGAUGAAAAUAUACUGUCAAUGCAUCUGGAGUCCCACAUAGGGUUGUUUUCAGCUCCCCUAUAUGAUUUCAAUGUCAAAGCACUUUGAGAACAUGCUCCCCAGGAGAUGAGUAAAAUGAAAUGCGUUGGGUGGUGAUUUGAGUUGAGUGGAUGUUUUUUUUUUCUUUUGUUUGUUUUUCCUCAUUAGCCUUUUCUUUGGUUUACUUUGUAGGGCUGGUUUCCCAAACGUCAGACAUACCCUUGUCAAGCGAGACUCAAAAGGCUUUUCCAAAACUUAAAACGAGAGGACAUUCCAAUCCAAAAAAUACAUUCCUGUUCAAGCAAAUUACGAUUCAUGAGGGGAGAAAUUGAACCGAAUGGGAAAUAAAAUAUAUACACUUAUGAAUUGGAAAAUGGCUUCACACAGAGUUCUGACCCAUGGGGCCUAUCAGAUUUUCUUCUCCACUGUCAAGCAAUGAAAGAUUUGUUUUUACUUGAAUUUAUUCUUUUUAUUUAUCUGCAUCACAACCACAGAGAGCCACACAUGCAGGGCCUCAACAUCCAGUGUUUGCACACGUUCCGCAAAGGGCAACAAUGAGACCUCCGCACGGCCGCCAUUCUAAACCACCUUAACUGAUGUGUGCUGCUGUGGUUGGUCAGUUCUCAUAUGGUGCUGGCUCGUGCAGGUCCGAUUCAGGCCGACUGUCUGUCCGUGAAUUUCAUCUUCCCCCGUGAGUAGUAUAUGACUCUGCUGAAUGUAUUUAUCAGCCCGAAGCAAAAAUGUGGGGAUCUGAUGUUUUUCAGUGGAACCGAGCAGUUCAACGACAAGUCUGCCAAAAAAACAUCCCUGUCCAAAUAUCUGGUGUGCCCCUUCAUUUGGCCUCUGUGUGAGCUCUCUCCCAAACUUAAUGGUUGUGAUACUUUCUUUCCUGCAAUUUACUGUUGCAUGUGUUUUAUAUUGACACCGCAGUUCAGUUUGUGUUUGAUAUGUAUUUUGGGGGUGACCAGAUCCACAAAAGGGUUUUUCUAAGAUUUAGAGAUACUGUAUUCCAAAGUGAAGAGAGGACCGAGGAGGUGUGAAGACAUCAACAAAAAAGUGUCAAUAUUUUAUUGUCUUUUUGCGCUGCUAAAAGCUAUGAAUUUGUUUCAUUUAUACAAAAAAAUAACAUUACCUAGUCGUGAUGUCACUUGUGUGCUGCUAUUUUAUAAACAUUUGUAUUAUAAUAUAAUUAUUUUACUCCUUAAGAGAUACAUCCAGAAAAACAAAGUAGAUAGUGAUAGAAGAACAUGAAAUGAGUAUUCGACUGGAAAUGAUCUUUGUACAGUUAGAUAGCAUGUUUCAUUUCCCUUUUUUUUUUUUUUUUUUUUUUUGUUAUCUAUUUUUGCUGUCCUUCU